AUCUGUCUGCUCAACUCCACUCCACUCCCACCCUUCCCCACUCCAUCCAUCCAUCCAACUUUUACUUCCUUUAUGGAGUUUGGCGUAAUGCUGUUGACGAGAUAGUUGUUUACUUCAGGUGAUUUGUUGCAUAUUUUAAGUAACCACAAGUCCAAUAAAGCUUAUUUGGAAUGCCGAAGAACAAGGGAAAGGGAGGUAAAAACCGCAGAAGGGGUAAGAAUGAAAAUGAAACAGAGAAGCGUGAGUUGGUUUUCAAAGAGGAUGGACAAGAAUACGCUCAAGUUACAAAAAUGCUUGGAAAUGGACGCCUUGAAGCCAUGUGUUUUGAUGGAAUCAAGCGAUUAUGUCACAUCCGAGGAAAGCUCCGGAAGAAGGUAUGGAUAAACCAAGGAGAUAUCAUCCUCAUUGGUUUAAGAGACUACCAAGAUGCCAAAGCUGAUGUUAUUCUGAAAUAUACACCAGACGAGGCAAGGAAUCUCAAAACAUACGGAGAGUUCCCAGAGACAGUGCGUAUCAACGACACUGUCACAUUCGUGGAGGACGGCUUUGAUGAAGACAUCGAGUUCGGAGACGAGAUCAGCGACGAAGGGGAGGGCGAUCCUGUCGAUAAUAUCUGAUACCAGGAGCAACUGCACUUCUCGAGUCCUGGUCGCAACCCCCGCCUCCUCCCUCUUCCCUCGUAACUAGCACAUGAUGUACAUUUUCAGAAUAUAUAAAUUUAUAGUUGAUUUAAACUUGUUUAUUUUGACUUCAAUUUGUUAUGCAGCUUAGUUAAUUAUUGUGAUCAGUUUGCCUGGCUUGAGCCAGCUAGUGUUCAAUGAGGAUUGAUGAACAUAUUUUAAGUAGCACAAAUCAUACAAUUUUAACCAUGACGAACAAGUUAAAUUUAUUAGCGAUGCUUAAAGGGGAUUGUUUGAAACAAUCUUAAACAAGAGUUAAAAUUAUAAUAUAAAAAUUAUUUUUCCUUAAAUCUCUUAAUUCUUUAGUAAAUAAAUAUAUCACAAAAACUUUUGUUUUCGUCACACUCAAAUAUAUGCUACUUGAAUAUAAAUUAAAUAGAGGUAUAGAUCAUGUUGUUUGAGAUGGUGUAUAGGAAGGGACGAGGAAAGUUCCACAACUAAGAGAGACAACAAUAAUCCAAUUAAUUGUUGAAAUUACUACAAAAUAACACAUGUGACGGUUGUGAGGAAAUAGUUCUUGUGGUCAAGCACAUCCUGCUCGCCACUAUAACCAGCACGAUCUAUAACUUUUUGUUUUUUAUUCAAAGUAUGUAUAUAUUUACUGAAGAGUGCCCAUUGGCCUUAUGAAUCAAUUGCAUCGCUACAAAAUCACGUACUACUGAAUUAAUUAUAUUCAUAUGUAAAAACAAUAAAUUGUAUUAUAAAGAUGUUCAGGCACCAAGAUCAUAAUUGGUUCUCUAAAAUAUGUAUAUGGGUGUAUCUUAAGAUUGGGCGAGUGUAUUUAAUGUGUAUUUGAUUAUUACAUCCGGCCGUUUUCUUUUGUUGGUUAACAUGUUUGGUAUUAUUUUUUGUAAAUAAAUAUGUUAGCCCAGUCUGA